AUGGCUUAUGAGCUGCCGCCCAAGGAGAAGCUGCGUGAGAUUGCUGCUCGUCAAGAUGCGAAGGAGAAGGAGAUUAGAGAGGCUCGCGCCAGACAUCUGUCGACAUGUAACCAACCGCCAGACCAGCAAGAAGCCGCUGCUGGAAUCAUCCAACGCAAUUACCGCGGCUAUCGCGAACGUAGAGAGAUGCGUGGCUUAGGUUUAUCUGCCUCAACCAGAUGGUUUGAUGCCGUCCAAGAAGGUACUUGA